CCGCUUCUUCGGUAUAGGAAGUUAGCCCAGUGAAAUCAUUCCAUUCCUGGUGGCCUCUGAUUGGGAUUGAAGCUACUGGCUGCCUAGAAAUUAAGAAAAGGUGUGAGGAGUCUGGUUAAUCAAGGUGGAAUUUUUUUUUUUUUUCCAAGAGCCUUUUCACAAUUGCCUUUUGCAAAAUCUUUGGACGCUCCCCGUUGUGCCAUGUUUUGUGGCUCUCACCGUAAGAGGAAUUUGUCUUGAUGAAGAUUCCUAACAUUGGUAAUGUGAUGAAUAAAUUUGAGAUCCUUGGGGUUGUAGGUGAAGGAGCCUAUGGCGUCGUACUUAAGUGCAGACACAAGGAGACACAUGAAAUUGUGGCUAUCAAGAAAUUCAAAGACAGUGAAGAAAAUGAAGAAGUCAAAGAAACCACUUUACGAGAGCUUAAAAUGCUUCGCACUUUAAAACAGGAGAACAUAGUGGAGCUGAAGGAAGCCUUCAGAAGAAGAGGAAAAUUAUACUUAGUUUUUGAAUAUGUGGAAAAAAAUAUGCUUGAAUUGCUAGAAGAAAUGCCAAAUGGAGUUCCACCAGAAAAAGUGAAAAGCUAUAUCUACCAGCUAAUUAAAGCAAUUCAUUGGUGCCAUAAGAAUGAUAUUGUUCAUAGAGAUAUCAAGCCAGAGAAUCUCUUAAUAAGCCACAAUGAUGUUCUGAAGUUGUGUGACUUUGGCUUUGCUCGUAAUCUCUCUGAAGGAAGCAAUGCAAACUAUACAGAAUAUGUGGCUACCAGAUGGUACCGCUCACCUGAACUCUUGCUUGGAGCCCCCUAUGGAAAGGCUGUGGAUAUGUGGUCUGUAGGCUGUAUCCUGGGAGAGCUGAGUGACGGACAGCCCUUGUUUCCUGGCGAGAGUGAGAUUGACCAGCUCUUUACCAUUCAGAAGGUGCUAGGCCCACUGCCAGCUGAGCAGAUGAAGCUCUUCUAUAGCAACCCACGCUUCCAUGGCCUGCGGUUUCCAGCAGUCAAUCAUCCACAGUCUUUAGAGAGAAGAUACUUGGGAAUUUUAAGUGGUGUAUUGCUUGAUCUUAUGAAGAACCUACUGAAGUUAGAUCCAGCAGAUAGGUAUUUGACAGAACAAUGUUUGAACCAUCCUUCGUUUCAAACCCAAAGACUCUUGGAUCGCUGUGGAAGCUCACCUUCACGGUCAGCUAAGAGAAAACCUUACCACGUAGACAGCAACACAUUGUCUAACAGAAAUCAAGCCAGCAAAAGUUCUGCUUUGCAGUCACACCACAGAUCAAACAGCAAGGAUAUACAGACGCUAGGGGUUGGCGGGCCAAGAGAAGAGGGUCUUCCAGCAAAUGAAAGCUUUUUGAAUGGAAACCUUCCUGGAGCUGCACACAGUCCAAUGCAUGCAAAAAAAUCAAGCAACACACCUGGAUCUGGCAACAAGGAUCUAGCCAAUAAUAACAUGCCACAUCUUCUCAGCCCAAAGGAAACAAAGGCAAAAACAGAAUUUGAUUUUAACGUGGACCCAAAAAGUUCUGAUGGUUCAGGCACAAAGUACCUGAAGUCUAACACCAGAUCUCAGCAGAACCGGCACUCAUUUAUGGAAACUUCUCAAAGCAAAACUGGGACACUGCAACCUGGCGAUAAGCACAGUCGCCACAGCUAUAUUGAUACUAUCCCCCAGUCUUCAAAAAGUCCUUCAUAUCGGACAAAGUCAAAGAGCCAUGGGGUUCUGACAGACUCGAAAUCCGUGGGCAACCUUUCUGAGGCCAGGGCCCAAGCUGCAGAACCAAACAGCAGUAGGUAUUUUCCAUCCAGCUGUAUGGACUUGAACUCUCCUACCAGUCCAACUGCUCCUCGACACAGUGAUAACAGAACUUUGCUGAGUCCAUCCGGGAGGAAUAACCGCAGCGAGGGUACUCUGGACACCCGAAGACCAUCAACAAGACACUCCAAAACAAUGGAGGAGUUAAAACUGCCAGAUCACAUGGAUGGAAGCCAUUCCCACUCUCUCUCUGCUCCACAUGAAUCUUUUUCCUAUGGUCUAGGUUAUACCAGUCCUUUUUCUUCACAGCAGCGCCCUCAUAGACACUCUAUGUAUGUGAGCCGGGACAGAGUGAGGUCAAAGGGCUCAGAGGGUGGCUUAAACAUAGGGCAAGGGAUGGCAGCCAGAGCAAACAGCCUGCAACUGUUAUCUCCACAGGUGCAGCAUAAGUCACUCACAAGAUCUGUUGGCUCCUCACGAGAAGACUGUACGGAAGAUACUAAUAGGGGUGGAACAUAUCAUGAUCCACACACAGAAGAUGGAGCAUCUACUAAGGAAAAUAGAAUUCUGUAUAAUGACCCUGUUCCGAGAAGAGUUGGCAGCUUUUACAGAGUUCCAUCUCCUCGUCCAGAGAGUACAUACAUAGAAAACAAUGUGUCAAACAGAACAUCUGUGUUACCAGCAGACAGCAGCACGGUGGCAAACCACUCAAAGAGACAAACCACCUUUGAUACCUGGAAAAGUCCUGAAAACCUUAACAGUCACUCAGAACAGCUCAAGGAGAAAGAAAAGCAAGGUUUUUUCAGGGCAAUAAAAAAGAAAAAGAAGAAAUCUCAAACUACAGACUCAACCAACGGGGAGAAUCCAAGCAUCAAGAAAUCCCUCUUUCCUCUUUUUAAUUCAAAGAAUAAUUUAAAGCAUAGUUCUUCUUUGAAAAAGCUUCCUGUAGUCACUCUACCCAUGAUGCCUAGCAGUGAUGGUCAGGAUCUCUUGGCAUUACAGAAAGCCAUUCAUCCUUCUAAUCACCAGAGCAGCAGGCAGAAGGAUUGGCAUCCUGAGAAGAUGACAGAAAUCCAGCCUCAUAGCCAGCCGUUAAAAUCUCUUCGAAAGCUCUUACACCUCUCGUCUUCAAAUCAUCCUGUCCCUGCCGAGCCUCGCUUCCAGCCCUUACCAAGUCAGCCAGCCAAAGCUUCUUUCUCUGAAGUGCGGAUUCACCCCAUGAGUCAAAGCUCCAGCAGUGGCAGCAGCAACGUGCGGCAAGAGCCUCAGCCGAAAAGCAGGCCGACGCUGCAGAUACCAAGCCAGCUGGAACCUACCUGGCACGUCUCCCCGGUAAACAGGAGCGCGAGCGAUGGGCCUCCCUACUCCGACCAGCUGCCUUCCAAGAGCGGACAGAACGGGCACACGUAUAACCGAACAAACCGAUCGCGAAUGCCAAAUCUGAAUGAUUUAAAAGAGACAGCCUUGUAAUUGCACUCCAGCAAAUAGGCCAGUUCAGGUGGAGGUCAGUGUAGGGGGGGGGGUGGUUCUGGUGAUGGUAAAACUGCAUUAUCAGCUUUAUAAAGGUGUGCAAUAUGUACAUGUGGAGCUAUGCCAUUUGGCACCACAGUGAGAGUCAGGGAUUAUACAGUAAAACAAGUUGAAUUAGGAAUUACCAGUCAUCAGAAAUGUUGCUGGAUGCCAGGCAGAGUGUGCCGGUCAGGGAGAAAAAUGCAUUGCCAUUUUCUCUCAUUUACAUUCCAGCUUAGUGCACAUAUCUGUCUGAAAGCUGGGAGACUUCUGGUAUGUAUUGGCACUUAUAAGGGUGAAAACAUUCAUGUCUAGACCUAUGCCCUUACUACAUUUUUUGCUGCCUAGUUAAAACAGUGGGGUUUAUGUGAUAGAAGUGUAUCCCUGUUAAGGGUUUAAAGUUAAAUUGUAUGUCUUAAAUUUGUUUUUUAAACUUCCAUAUUUGAUAGGAUUUGUAAUAUUUAUUUAUGAUGACCUAAUAUCGUACUGUUAUAAUCAUAUCUUUUAUGUUAUAAUGUAAAGUUAUUUUGAGCUGUUUGAAACAUUGUGAAGCAGUGCAACAGCUACAGUAGUUUCUAUAAAAAACUAACAGUAACAUUUAUAUAUUGCAUCAGGAGUAUUUUAUUCUAUAUAUAAAUAUAUAUAUAAAUGGAAAAUAACUGUCUGUUUUUUAAAUAUACUCAUUUAAAAGAAAAGUAUUGUUAUGACACUAUCUGCCAUAUUUUUAUACAUUUGUGAUAUAAAGUGCAGUAUUAUACUUCUAAUAAAAGGAAGUUGAAUGUGGAUAUAAACGUGAC